AGAUAUGAAGGAAAACAUCUUGAUUUGCCAAAAAACCUGGUUUCCAGGUUCUUUCCACAAGGUGCUUGAAGUAUUCUCAUUGGUAAUGCAGAAGAAUUGCAUUUAGAUCUAUCCUUCCACCUUGACACAGUUUAGCAUGUGCACCCCAGCAUGGUGUACAAACCUGUAUGGUAUUGUGAUGACUUGUAUAAAAAAUGGCUGAACAUGGAUAGAAUGUGAAAAGCUGAAAAUGGAGACAAAGGGCAAAGAAGGAAAAAGGAAAAGACAAGCAAGUUCUCACAGUAUCCCAGAUAGAGUGGGACAAAUUUACUAUGCAUUUGGUUUGUACAUCUCCAACCAUCCAUUCCUUGUGAUUGGGCUUGCCUUGCUGGUAACACUUCUUGCUUGCUAUCCCUUAAUGAAGCUUCCUCUCCCGGGUCGGUUCCCUAAAACUGUCACUAUGUCUGUGGAAGACUUUGAGGAUUUCUACAAGGCUCUGGUAGAAAAUAAAACAUCAACUGAUGUGGAGACUUGGGAUGUGCCUUGGUUGAAGUCACCCCCUCUUGCUUACAUACAACAGGUUGUCAUAAAAGCUUCAGUGUCUCCAUGGACAGAUGAGAUGAUAUUGACAGAUGCUUUCAGAGGUCCGCUUGCUGCUGCAUUCCAACUUACUGAACUUGUCAGCAAUUUCCAAUCACCAAAUGGGAAAACAUUGAGUGAGUAUUGUACCCACGUUGAAGAGCCUCUGCAUUACCUUCCCUCAAACAUAUCUGUUCUCUUCCCACACUACAACUGCCUCCUCCUUUCCCCUGCCAACAUAUGGAAGAAAGCGCAGCACCUCUUUCUGCAAGAUUCUGAUUUCCUUCAUUCCAUUCAUAGGCUUCAGGCAAGAAAACUACUGGAAAUAACAAAGGACAGCUCCAGUAGCCUGACUGAGCUGUUCUUUGGGGUGCCCAUAAAGGAAUCAGGUUUGAAGAGAUUCCUUUCUCAAUCCCGGCAGCGAGUAAUCACAUAUGCAGUGACUUUGGCUGUCUCUCGUUAUGAUGCUGGCUUUCUGGGGAGUUUGGACCAAAGAUUAAAGGAGCAGUUUCAAAGACAGAACUCAAGCAAAGAGGUGCUUCAUGUUUUUUAUCCCACUCAGGUGACAUUCAUGGAAGUCCUACCCAUUCUGGCAACACUGGUAGCCAUCUUCUCAUACAUGAGCUUCUCUGUAUACAAAAUGGAGCUCCUCAAGUCCAAGUUUGUGAUGGCAUUUAGUGCUGUGUUGACAGUGAUUGCAUCCUUGUGUGUGUCAUUGGGAGUAUGCUCCUUACUUGGUCUAUCCUUCCACUGGACGGGGAAGGAAGUUUUGCCAUACCUAGUGUUGGUAAUUGGAUUGGAGAACACACUGGUCCUUACACGAUCUGUUGUCUCCACCCCAUCCAGUUUGGAUGUGAAGAUUCGAGUGGCUCAAGGUCUGAGCAAAGAAGGGUGGAGCAUCACAAAAAACCUCUUGGCCGAGAUGACCAUCCUCACAGUUGGCUUCCUCACAUUCAUCCCAUCCAUGCAGGAAUUCUGUCUCUUUGCAUUUGUGGCAAUUGUGUCUGAUUUCUUCCUACAACUCACAUUUUUUGCCACCAUCCUCUCGAUUGACAUUCGACGCCUAGACCUAGACGAGGCUUCUACCCUCCCACGUCACAAGGUCCAGCAGGGCCAGCAUCACCGGACAUACAGUCGUAGUUCCUCCAUCGGUGGUGGAGGACACUACCCAUCAUAUGUGGUGGCUGCAUCUUAUGGGGCCCCUUUUGUUGUUCAUCUCCCACGAAGGCUUCGACUGGUGUAUUUUUGGGCUCAGGUCCGAUUCUUCCAGCGCUGCUUUCUUGUGUUCAUGAUUAUUUGGCUCUCAUUCAUCAUCUACCAAGUUGGAAUCCUGAGUUCGCUUGCUUUCCUGGCCAUCCCCACAAAUGGAAGCUCCACACCCCAUUCCCAGUCCCACCUUUCUCAGAAAACCAGUUCCAUUCAUCCCAAUGCCAAGCUGUCUGGCAGGAAUGCAUCCACCUCAGAGGACAUGCGUCUUAUGCACCGAGACCUUCGUAUUCAUGUCCAACUUCCUCCAUCCCAUUGGCCCACACUGUUUGGCAUCUACAACAUGUCCUUAUGGGGACAGUAUAUCACAAUUCUCCCUCCUAUCCUCCUUUCUUUGUCAGUGGACCCAGAAGAUGUGAAAAGGUGGCGUCACCCUCAAGAUGUUGAUGCCAGUGACAAGCUUCAUAAGCGAGGUUUUGCUCCUGCAGCUUUAGAUUCCUUUGAUUCAUCAGAUGGAGAAUUGGGGCCCCAACUGCGGCAUCUUGUUGCCCCAAGUGGGGGUCAAGGUGGUCCAUUUGUACCUCAGAGUCCAUUGGAGACCACAUUGUUCAUCAUUUUAGCUAUCCCAAGUGUUGUUUUCACCGCCUACCUCACCUUAGUUCUCUAUCGUUGCGUCUGUACUCGUCACUAUGCUGAAUGGAGAUCCUCCUGGGACCAGAAAGAAGAACAGGAGGACACAGAGAUUAUCAUGGAGUCAAUUCCAAUGGUGUUGAAUGGGCAUAGUCAAGAGGUAGAAUGUGUGGGAGUGGGUGGUUCUUACCUGGCCAGUGCUUCCUUGGAUGGAACCAUCAAUCUCUGGGAUGUGGAGAAGGGCACAUGUCAAAUAACUAUUCACAGACCUAGCUGUUCAUCAAUGCAGACACCUAAAAGCUCUCAUUCUUCUACUGACUUCAGGAAGGUGGAUGAGGAGAUUCAGGGACAAUGGAAGAGCUCAGUGCACACUCACAGACGCAACUUGAGUGCAGGGAGCAUUUUCUUAUCUGAUAGCCAGAGAUCUGAACCUGAUCAAAGCUGUUCCUCUUCAUGUAUCUGGUCCAUGUCUUGUACCCGUAAUCUCCUUGCUGUGGGCACCUCGUCUGGGUCCAUAGAGAUUUACGAGGUGGGCUCAGGCCAACCCAGGUGUUUAUGUGAGGGCUCCCUUGGAGAUGGUGUGAUGGGUGUCCACUUGAGUGGGGGGAAUGUGAUAGCUGCACAUUUGUCAGGGACUCUUCGUUUCUAUGCACUCAGGCCAUCCCCAUCUCAAACAUACCCAAGUUCAAGAACUCCUCUCCCAAAAGGCCAUACUCGAAGUAGCAGUGCAGGGUCAAUGGCAGUUCUACUGCCCUCCAGUGGAACUGCUACUGGGAACUUGACCUUAAUUGAGGUAAAAAGCAUUCAGGCUCAUCAGCAGCCAAUCAUUGUGAGUGAAUGCAAGGGUGGCCUCCUCAUCACUGGUGGUCAGGAUCACCUCAUCAAAGUGUUCAGUGUGGAGAAAAGUGAGGCAAUGUACACUCUCCAUGGUCAUUAUGGUCCAAUCACUGCAAUAUUCAUGGAUGUAUCCACAUCUCCCUUGGCUGGUAGUGCAUCACAAGAUGGCACUCUAUGUCUCUGGGACCUCUCUCUUGGAUCAUGCAUGUACAGCAUCCAAGCUCACGAUGGCUGUGUCUGUUCCUUGACCCAUACAUCGAGCUAUGUGAUCUCAAUGGGAACUGAUGAUACAGUUUGCAUCUGGGAACGACUCCUGGGUCAUCUCCUCCACGUGCUCAAGCUGGACAGUUCAUAUGCAUCCUGCAUGUUGAUGUUGUCUUCCAGCCUCCUGGUGACAAGUAAACAGGGGUCAUUGGUGAUCUGGGAUGUUCGAGUUGGGGAGCCAGUACGUAUCCUUCGACUUGGUGAUGCCGAUGAAAGCACCCGAGUGAAGCAACUCCUUCUUGUCGAUGAUCAUCACAUUGUCUGUGAUUAUGGGAAUCAACUCAAAGUCAUCCGAUUCCCUCUUGUCCUCAAGUAUAAGGAUGACUAAGUUGUGCACAAGUCCAAGUCCUUUUCUCUUCUGUGAUCCCUGUGUCUCUGAUCCCGGUCACUUUUCUAUUUAUUUGAGAGUCCUCAUUGUGGGUAGCAGAGCCUUCCUUUGUCAUAUUUCACAGUCCAAGGGUGUGCUGGUUUCCAAAUAUUUUCAUCACAGCCAGAGACUCAUCUUUGUUUUCCCUUCUCCAUCACAAUCCACACCUAGUCGCUGGUUGUCAUGUUCCAGAUCUUAUUUGCUGCUAUCUUACUCUUGUUCUGAUAUUCAAUUUCUCAUGGAUUGGUGUUCAAGUGUUGUGCAGCUCAUGUGCAAUCUUUGAGGGCCUUCUUUUCAUUCCAGUCCCAAGUGGUGCCUGGGGCUUUAAUGACAAAUAGGGUAAAAUAAGGUGUUAUAGUCUGAAUGGGAGAACAAAGAAUGAGGAAAUAGUCUCUUCUGGAUUCAUAAGCCAAAGUCUGAAGGAGGUCAUUUGUGUGUAUGCUCAAAGCAUGAUUGUUAGCUAUGUCAGAAAAUCCUC